GCGAGCGCGGACGAUAAACAACAGCCGCGGCACCCGCCUCGUGUGUGUGUCUGUGCGCCUCCUGCUCUCUCGCCUUUCCCCAUCCCCCUCCGCUCGCUCGCUCCGGGUCUCCCUCCCUCUUCACACCCACCUCACCUCCUCCCCCUCCCUCUUCGCGUGCCCAAGAAAGGAACCACCAGGCAGGAACGGCGUGAGCGCAGCUGGGGCUGGAGCCGGAUUGACCCCGUUCGUCUCCAGAGACGGCGGCACGGGCGCAGGAACUCCGGAUCGGCGCUCAAGAACCCAGAGUCCGCGCUGAUGUACACGUUGGUGAUUUCUUCUACCUAGACAUACUCCAGAGCAGCAGCUCAGCCGCCGUGAUCUGUAAUCGCCGUUCCAAAAGAGAGCAGUUUAGAAAGGUUGUCGGUGGCCCAAGCUCUGAUCUUCAGCCUGCAUCUAGCUAGCGCAGAUGUCGUUCCGCAGCAUAGUUCGUGAUGUCAGGGACGGUUUCGGCAGCCUGUCGAGGCGGAGCUUCGACGUGACCAUCUCCGGCCUCUCCGGCCUCACCGGGCACCACAGGGGCAAGUGCCAGAGCACGGUGCACGAGCUCCGCGACGCCGAUCUCAUAGUCCAGGAGAGCCGCUGGGCUAGCCUCCCUCCGGAGCUCCUCAGCGACGUGAUCCGGAGGCUGGAGGCAAGCGAGAGCACCUGGCCGUCGCGCAAGCAUGUGGUGUCCUGCGCGGCCGUUUGCAAGGCCUGGAGGGAGAUGUGCAGGGAGAUCGUGACGAGCCCGGAGUUUUGUGGAAAGCUCACCUUCCCCGUCUCUCUAAAGCAGCCUGGCCCUCGAGAUGGAAUGAUUCAAUGUUUUAUAAAGCGAGAUAAAUCAAAGUCUACCUAUCAUCUCUACUUGUGCCUGACUAAUGCGGUACUUGUGGAGAAUGGCAAGUUCCUCUUGUCUGCUAAAAGGAUCCGCAGGACAACCUGCACAGAAUAUGUUAUCUCAAUGGAUGCUGAAAACAUCUCAAGAUCAAGCAGCACCUAUAUUGGAAAACUGAGGUCAAACUUCCUUGGCACAAAAUUCAUAGUCUACGACACGCAGCCCCCCUACAAUGGGGCUAUAGUUCCUUCCAUUGGACGGAGUAGCCGGAGAUUCAACUCCAAGAAAGUGUCUCCCAAGGUGCCAUCUGGUAGCUACAACAUAGCUCAGGUGUCUUACGAGCUAAAUGUUCUUGGCACGAGGGGCCCUAGGCGGAUGAACUGCAUCAUGCACUCCAUACCGGCCUCGUCGGUUGAGCCCGGCGGCAUAGUCCCUGGGCAGCCUGACCAGAUCAUGCCCCGAGCUCUAGAGGACUCGUUUCGCAGCAUGAGCUCCUUCUCCAAGUCAUCCAUCAUGGACCGGUCCACGGAUUUCAGCAGCUCCCGUUAUUUCAGCAGCUCCCGGUUUUUGUCCGACAUCGCCGGAGGUGCGAUAAGCCGCGACGAAGACGGAGAGAACAAGGAGAGGCCGCUGGUGCUCCGCAACAAGGUCCCGAGGUGGCACGAGCAGCUGCAGUGCUGGUGCCUCAACUUCCGUGGCCGCGUGACCAUCGCCUCGGUGAAGAACUUCCAGCUGAUCGCGGCGCCGAGCCAGCCCGCGCCGCCCCCCGCAGGGGCGCCGACCCCGACCCCGGCCCCGUCGCAGCCCGCCCCGGCGCCGGAGCAGGACAAGAUCAUCCUGCAGUUCGGCAAGGUGUCCAAGGACAUGUUCACCAUGGACUACCGCUAUCCGCUCUCGGCGUUCCAGGCCUUCGCAAUGUGCCUGAGCAGCUUCGACACGAAGCUGGCCUGUGAAUAAAACCGGCGACCGGCGGAGGUCGACGACGACACAGGCGCGGUCGAGGGAAGGAAGCAGUAGAACCCUCAUCCCCCCAUAGGACUUCCAUUCUAGAUCACGGACACGCCCUUUGUUUGCUUGUAAUUCUGCUUUGUUUGUAGCUUGUUGGAACUGGACUCGGUAGCAUGUGAUGCUUCGCACCAUGAUUGCUUCCUUUGAAGCUAAGUUUCGUGGAUGCGGUUGGUUCCGGAUUUAACCUAAGGUUCCGUCACCUUCA